UAGGAACUUCAGUCUCAAUUUUUAUGAUUUAGCAGUUGAUGAUUCGCAUGAUGAGGAAGAGCUCAAGCGUGGAUUAAAGAAGACCCCAGCAGAGGAGCAAUAAGAGUCUAUCAACCAGGAUCUACUUACUCUGAGCUCACGCAAUGCGACACUGAGACUCAUGCUGAAGUCAUAAUGUCGAAAUGUGUCACUAGCAAUUUGUAUGUUUAUUAUGCUGGGCACUCUUCCGAGCCUCUGGGAUAUGACGAUUGCCCGUUGAAGAUUCAAAAUAAGUUUCUCAAGUCCCUGGGCUAUGAUGACCCCGAGAGAAUACAGUUUGAAGGGACAAGGGAUGAUCUGCUGUACAUGUUCAAGUUUGUUGCUGGCAGAGAAGAGAAUAAAGCCGAUGAGAGGGUUCAACUAACAUGCACUGUCAAAUUCAAAGAGUCCAGUCCAUUCAGUUUCUGGUCUAAGAGGUUCUGUGUUCUGUGCGGCUGUCAGCUCCAUGUCUUCUCGUCCAGCACUCCUAAAGGGAAACCCUCUCUCACUCUUGAUCUUGCUGGUGGCAAUGUCAUUGAGUAUGAGACGAAGAAGCACUUGUACUGCGUUCAGAUCAUGUCGUCCAAGAAGACGGUUUUCCUCUCUUUUGAUAGUCGCUAUGAUCAGUCAGUCUGGCUUAAGAGAGCAGCAAAGGUUGUCACUAAGCAUCCAUUAGAAGCUGAUCUCUCUCGCUGUAGUCUUAACCGACUACCAAAAUACCUCUUCCUCAAUAAGAAUCUUGCUGCUCUCAAUCUCUCACACAAUUUCAUGCUUGAGCUGGUUGAAGAUUCUUCGGUAGCAUACCAACCCGAAGGCUGGAUCAACGAUAUUUAUCGCUUCUCAAAUCUCAAGAUCCUCUCCCUCAGUGAUAAUAAUUUGGUCCAUUUCCCAGUGUCUGUGUGCAACAUAGUGACACUAUCAGAGCUGGAUCUCUCUUGCAACAAGAUAAGAGUCAUACCACAGGACAUACAGAAGCUAAAAAA